AUUGUUACAAUGGAUACAUUGGAUACAAAUGUAACGCCUGAUAUUAAAGACAAUGAUGUUGGAGAUGGUGUUAAGGAGCAGAACAAAUUAGAUAAGGAAACGGAACAAUGUGCGUCCAAUGUAAACACGGACGUGACCCCUGACCCAGUGCUCCAGGGACAGCAGAGCGGGUCAGGGGACGCGAGUCCCACCAAUGCUCAUGCACACCAGGGUACAUGCGUGACGUCAGACAACGAGUCUGACAGCUGUACGGACAGUGACGCGUUCAUGAACAGCCAGCCAAACACGGACGAUACGGGCAGUACGUCAGAGUCCGAGGACACCCAGAUAUGGGUACCCGUGGCACGGCAAAGCGGAUCAGGAAUAUCGGGUAUGGGCUCAACCGAGAGAAGCCGAUAUUCCAGUAGCCCGAACCCAGAGGACAGCUCGCCCGACUGCAGCAACAACGUCAGACGAAAGUUGAUCAACGGGACCAUGUCGAGUAAUCUGACGGGCGACGCCAGAUCCACGGUGAGCGAGCCAACAGCUCGAGUUCACUACGGACCCCGCGGAACUAGCUCCCAGCUGAGUCUUCCACGCAAAGGGAAUACCAAUCUGGGAGACGUGCAAGGAGGGACAGCGGGAACCCUGGAUACAGAGUUCUCUGCCAUGAUGCCGGGACUUCCAAACGGAGAUUCAGGAAUAGGUCCUGACGGCGGCAGUGAUAACAGUCCUGGCUUCACAGACGAGGUGUUCCUGCCGGACACGCCACCUCCCACGCCCAUCCUGAAACCACAGCCCAACUCCCAACAACCGUCCAAGAACAGCGUCCAAGUCAACGAACACCUGCUUGACAGUCUUUUUGUGAACCUUAGUGCCCUUUAUGCCAUGCUGCUUAUAAUACUAGGAGCAGUAAUUCCAGUAUCUGAAACAUUUACGAAGGAACGCAGACCGUAUCUUUUUCAGGGCUUCUACAUCUACUUAUUUGCCGGCAGCAUUUUCUUCUUAAUAUUUAUGUAUAUCUGUGUGCUAAGAUCAAGAAACUGUCGGUGGCCUUGUCAGAAGAAACGUCGCAACCCAUUGGUUAAUGCACUCUACCGGAAAACAUUAAACCGGAACUUCUCCUUUGAUGAUUCACCACACUCACACACCGGAAGUUUCUACCUCAGACUUGGUGCUGUUGCGUUUGGCAUUGGCAGCAUGAUAAAGAAUGGCCUUAUGUUUGGAGAUUAUUUCGAGUCAAACGUCAGUCACUUUUGUGAUGACGUCAUCUAUGGCAUCCGUCCAGUGGUUCAUCUUGUGUUUACCUUCAGUCAGCUCUAUUUUGUAUUUCUUCAUUCAAAGGUGUGCGUGCAUCGCUACAAGGUGAUAUCUCGGUUUGGCUUCAUGCACAUGGUGGCCACCAACCUGUGUGUGUGGCUGGGGAACAUCGUGGAGGAGACCCUGGUGGAGAUCAGGGAGAACAAACUGGUUGAGAAGACGUCCACCCCGUCCCCUCCGAGAAUCAACCUGUCGGUCAGACUCGUGAAGAACACGUCUCGACUCGCCCCGCCCACCACACUGGCCGCACCUGCUCAAACGACGAUGUCUCAUCACUAUGACUGUUCGGGAGAAAGUCUGAUGCGGUCUGUGGUGGAGGAAUCGGGACCCUAUUUGUAUCCGUGCAGCGUCGAGUACAGUCUCAUAUGUGCAGGCAUUCUGUACAUCAUGUGGAAGAAUAUCGGAAGAAAGGGCAUUACCCAAGACCAGGAGGAACUUAGAGAAGCCAAGUCAAAGGCCCAGAGAGUAAGCCUCGACUGUACAGGCUCGAGUCGAGGACUGUUUUUAGGUAUUCUAGUCUUGGUCGCAGUCGUUAUCACCGUCAUCACCUUCUUCGUCCUUGUUCGGUCAGAGGGCGGAAACGAGGCUGCCAUCAUGCUGGAGCACCUGUCUGAAAUCGUCAUCUACAUAGUUACGUCACUUGCGGUCAUUCUGGCUUUCUACAAGAUGCACGCGUUGCGGUUCUUGCCCGGGAAGGGGAUGGAUCUGGAGCAGAAGUUGAUCAUUCUUGCCCUGGCAGGAAUAUACGUAUUCUCACUGCUCAGCAUUAUUGCAGCAGCGUUUAUUCCAGGAAAGACACAGAGUUUGCUCAUUAUUGUGUCCAGCGUACUGCGCAUGUUCCAAGCUACCAUUCAGACCGUCUUUAUUCUAAAUUCCUUACAUCGAUGUGCGCACCUCAAAGAUCAAGAGAAACAGAAACCAGGAAGGGAGUUUGUGACGUUUCUGUUGAUGGUUAACAUUGCAAUGUGGAUCAUCAACACUUUCGAGGUGCAGCAGUCAGAAGCAAAUCCCGUCCAGAUAGACUUUUACGGAAUUCUGCCUUGGAACAUCUUUACACACAUUUCAAGCCCGCUCGCUAUUUUCUAUCGUUUCCAUUCAACAGUGUGUCUUUCAAACAUAUGGAAGCAUGCGUGGAAACGAAAGCGAGCCUGAAUAUUUCAACAAGACAUUCACCACCGAUGGCUAUAGUUAUGAAUUAAUAUCGUGUAUGCCUACAGGGAACACAAGGUGUAAAAACUUAUGCUAUAAUGUAGAACAUAUGACAUGUGCUUACACUUGUUCUUGUUUCUUGCAUUAUCAUCUUGCCCCUGGCAGGUAGUCUUGUUUCAGUGAACAGAAAACAUACCAUCAUACAUACCAGUUUGAACCAGACAAAAGUAUUAAAUAAAUAGCUAGAUAAAGUUUUUCGCCAUCUUCCACUAAAUGUUAUUACAUGUACAAGUUUUAAAAAAUAUUUUACCAUUCAAUGCCUAACAAUGCAAGAGUUGAAAGAAAUUCAGUUAUUGUAUAGCAUGCUAUACUGUGGAUUGACAUAAAAUAUCAACUUAUGUUUUUGUUUGUGAACUGCGGUAUUUAUGGACAAUACGAACAAAUAUUUUAUAUAUGCCAACAUUUGUUAAUGAACACAUAAUACUAUCUGGUAUGGACUUUUUAAAGCAUUGGCAGCGAGUGCACGUUUCCGGGUGACUAACGCAAAGCAAUAAUAAAUGUAUAAAAUAUUAACCUGGGGUGUAUACUGAAUCCUAUACUAGCAUUUGAAAGAAGGAAAUAGUAUCUCAACCAGGCUAUACUAUAAAGUACAGCUGGGUGCGGUGCUAGUGGCGUAGCUAAUUCGAAUUUCUGCCUGAUAUUUUGAUACUAUCGGUACCAAAGGCUUUUUAUUUAUAUUUCUCAUGAAUUAUUGUUAUUAAUAUGUUUGAUUUACAUUGCGAGGCAGCACUUUAAAAUGGCAUAAUAGAAUAUCAAUAUACCUCAAGAGUAUUAUGCUGUACAAAAGGCUUCUAAAAUAUAUUUUGUAUUUGGACUCGAGUUUAUAUGCAGUAUUACCCAAGACAACAUGGACUAAGCACAGACCAAAACUUUUAAAGGCUUCUUAUUACUACAUAUCAGUGGCGUAACGAAGGGAGGGGGUGAAGAGCACGGGGUCCAUGCCCCUCAAACGCUUUUUUUUUUAAACUUUGGUCUCACUACACAGAUCACUUCCGGGUGAGAGUUCAUUCAUCACGUUCCACUAUAGUUCCUAAUUGUGACAUAUGUUGUGGUUCACAUAUUCACUUCUAGGAG